AUGUAACGUCAUCGCCUGUAUGCCACUCCUCGAGACUCUCCCUGCAGCUUUAGGGCUGUUUGUGCGCAACUGGAGACUCAGAAGGACUUCGGUGUCAGAAGGGUCACGGUGACUUUGUAUUUGGCUUUUCUCACUCUCAUAGUGCGCGUUUUUUGGGGGACAGCGCAUAGGAAAGACUGUGGUCCGUCCAAAAGUCAGUCCAAAAUGCAGCGCGUAUGUGGAAUAUGGGAAGAUCACAGGUGAAGCUGUGUGUGUAAUUUCGGUCACGGAUUGGGUGGCUGAUCCAGGAAAAAUGUGGAGAGAUGCAGAGCAGGCACUGACUCUGAUAUGGCUUCUCUCUUGGACCGCACAUGGCGUGUGUCAUUCUCCUCCGGAGAGGCCCAGACUAACAAGAUGUCGGUCGCCAGAGAAAGAGACUUUCACUUGCUGGUGGGAGCCUGGAUCAACAGGUGGACUGCCCACCAGCUACCAGCUGUAUUACAGAAAAGAGAGUUCUUUGGAAGUCUUUGAAUGUCCGGAUUAUCAUAAGGCGGGAAACAAUUCCUGUUAUUUUGAUAAGCAACACACAUCUAUUUGGAUCCUAUACAACAUCACAGUGGUGGCCUCCAAUGCACUGGGAAAAGCCUAUUCGGAAUCUGUAGAAGUUGAUGUUAUGGAUAUCGUGCAGCCUCACCCUCCAGAGAAUGUGAAUGUGACUUUCAUGCAGACCACGAACAGCCCCUAUUUCCUGGUGCAGUGGCAGCCUCCGCAUGACGCAGACACACGUUCAGGCUGGGUAACAAUCAAAUAUGAAGUUCGCCUAAAAAUUGAGAACAGCGGAGACGAGGAGGACAGCAGUUGGGAGUCAUAUAGUGCUGGAAAACAAUUGGAGUUUAGCAUCUACAGCCCGCAGCCUGGAGCAUGUUACGUUGUGCAAGUGCGCUGUAAGCUAGACCACGGUCUCUGGAGUGAAUGGAGCCCCUCUUCAUUCAUCCAGAUUCCAGACAAUAUGCUUGACACACAGAAUGCAGUUAUGAUUAUUGCCAUCACGCUAACCGUCAUCAUUUUCCUGUUGACUGCAGGAGCGCUGACAGUCAAGAUGAAACCGGUGAAGCAUUUUUUACUGCCACCAGUUCCAGAACCGAAAAUCAGUGGCUUAAACACCCAGCUCCUUAAGAGUGGGAAAUCUGAGGAGAUCUUCAGUGCUCUGAUUACUCCAGGAUAUCCCCAAAUAGUCCAGAGUUCAGACCGUCAAGUGGAGUAUCUUGUGGUCUCCGACUAUGAUGAGGAAAUGGAUUUUGAAGGCAAAGCUCAUCUUGAGUACCAAAAGGGAGAAAAUCAUCCCACAGAUAAUACACAAAAGGUCUCUCAAAACAGCAUCAAGAUCUCAUUGAACAGCAGUCAGGAUCUAAAUACAACACUGAGCGAAAAUGUCCACUCUGGGGCCGUUUCCAAUCAGCUAAGUGUUCUUGGAGAGCCUCAACAACUACUUCACCUUAAGUGCAAAGGCUCACCAGUAAAAGCUCAGGACCGAAACACUCAAAUGAGCUCCGGUAGUAAUUGUGAGCACGUCAGCAUCAACCCUGCUGGACUUACGGAGUACGUUGAGGUUGACGAAGACCAGAAACCUCUGGUCAGGGAGGACUACAGUAUGGUCAGUGACGUUAUCAGUGAUAACAUCCUUGUACUACAAGACAGCAUCCCUGUACAGGGACACAAAGAGGUCAAAUGUGACAAAACAUCUGAAGCUGAGGAAACAGGAGGUGUUUUUGAACCUCUGGGAUACUUGGAAACCCUGACAACAUUUUCAAGUGAAUCUUGACUAUUUUGGGACUUUGCAAUUAUUUUGUCUGGUUGUGUCCUGCUCAAACUGUCAAGCACUUUGUUAGUAGAGAUGUGAGAAGGGUUCUUUCAGCGAUCUGGGGUGUGUUUCUUGUACAGUGACAUAACUUACUGCUAAACUACCAGUGCUAUUCAUAACUGAUUCCCCAAAAUGCUGACUGAUCAAUCUUGAACUGUGUAUUAUAUGUCAGCUUGCUUAUUUUACUCAAGCGUAUGAUCUGAUGAUCCACAUGUCAUUCUAAAAAGAAACUAUGGAUGGAGUUCCAUCCACAUGACUUUGCGAUGACAUUUUUGCUCGUUGGAACUAUGGUUUCUGUAAACUGCAAAUUUGCAACCAUAGUUGGCUUGCAAUGCUUUUGGGAAACGCACCCCUGUUAUGUUGUAUCUGUCAGUCUGCACAACUACAGAUACAGUUUGCACGGUUUCUGUGGAUAAUUCAGGCUAAAUAGCUGGAAGCUGCAGUAAUGGGUUGAAAAUUAGAUUAAAAGGCAGCGUCAUUCCAAACCAAUACACAUUGACCAACCGCUGUUAAAAAAUACCCCACUAAAGAUCAUUAUAUUAAUUGUUAAACCUUUUAAAAUGGUUCUUCAACCUACUACCUCGUAGCAGACAUCCACAAAACAUCCCACUAUGAGUUUCUGUCACUUUCUAUGGAGACCUGGCACUUUUUUCAAUGCUUGCUGCUCCUGAUCUUUGAAAGUUGAUUGUUGUUAAAAAAUGGUCAUAGUUUAAUGGAAACACUUUAAAAUACAGGAGGGCUCCUUUAGUAUAUUUAUUCACAAUGAUACUAUGAAUAUAAAAAGUGUGAGAUUUCUUUGAUCAAUAACUUAAAGCUAAAGACUUUACUGUGUAUUUAUUGAACUAGAUCUAGCAUUUGUCUUUGGCUCUCAAUCCAUUUUACUGAAUCUUUAUUUAUAACAUUGAUUUAAUGUUAAAAUAGUCAUCGAUAUUCACUUGUUUUAGGGUAAACAGACAACACCAUCGGACACAUCCUUCUGUUUUAUAAUUAUCUGAACUUGAGCACUCUUCAAGACAAUAACCAAUAUUAAGACUAAUGUCAAAUGAUAGAUUAGAUCUGCACAAAAGGGUUGUCAAAGCUUAACCAAACACAAGGGAGUGAGCCCAAAACGGUCUGGCAGGCCUUUGAUGUUUUUUUUUUUUCACCUUAUAUAGAGCGCCUCAGAGAAGCUAGUUACAGCGGCAGACACAGACAGGUCAGCUGGUCUCAUCAUGGAACAUUUAUGGUCUGCAGUGCAGCAGUAAAGAGUUACUUUAAGUCAAACAUUGACUUAACACUAUACAAGGACAAACAUUUGGUUCGGCAUGAAAGAACUAUUGUGCAGCUUUUCUGUGUAGCUUAAAUUAGAAUGCAAGCCUUUUGUUUUUAUAUCAUCCAUUGUGGUAAAAAUAUGCAUUUUGUUUGUGAUGUAACAAUGCGAUGCUUAACACUGCAAGACAUUUAAUAUGAAGUUAUGUGAAAACUGUUAGCACAGUGGUGCAUUGGUGUUUCUAGCUUGCAUUGGUGUUCCUUGCAUUCUUUCACUGACAGUGGCAUGUGUAAUUCAGUUUUCUAUCCACUGCUGGACAAUGUCCUGAGAAAAUCAAAGGUUAGGAAUGAUUUUAUUUUUGACCAUAACAUUUCAAUAAACACCAGUUUUGCUAUUUUAUUUGUCUUUAAGUUGUCUUAAGGUAAAAUAAAAAGUUAUAUUGCAAAGACUUUGAACAUAGAUGGAUAAAAGCAGCAUUUUCAUAGAACUGGUUCAGCCAAGAAGUGGUGGUUUUAUUCCAGAUCAU